AAAAAUGAUCUCGAAAUUAAUAUUUUUAAUUAUUUUUGUUUAUAUUUUUUGCUUGUCAGAAGGUCAACAAACAUCUGGGCAAACAGAAUUACCCAAUUGUUUAAAUAAAAUUUCAUCUUCUGUUUGUGAUCCUAAUGGAGUUCUUAAUUCUACACAGUUACGCAAAUUAAGGAAGGCUUUGGUACAGGCUGAGCAACAAACUGUGCAGGAAGGAUAUUCCUACAAUGCUUCUCAACGUUCAACUUGUGGGAGAAAAGGAAUUAAAGUACCUAUUGUUUUGCUAAAAUCAGGCAAUGAAGUAGAGGCAGCAGAAACAGAAAAUACACUUCUUGGCUCUAUUAUGCAAUGGAGUUUAAAUAAUAAUUGUGAUAGAGUCGUAGUUCUUUUACAAAGUGUUUCUGAGAAAGUAGAGGAGCGCCGUUUUUGGGCUGGGAGAAAUUGGAAUGUUAAUUUAGAACCUAGUGAAGUUGUUGAACUUUAUAAAAAUGAACAUCCACUAAUUCAAAAAUCGGAUUAUGUUGAAGCACUUGUAAACAUUAUUAAUGCUAUAGCUAAAAUAGUUUCUGGAAGAACUGGCCCAGCAAGAAAUGUGAAAGCUACAAUUUUAAGUGAUAAACCUCAAGUAGCUUCGGGAGCAGAGAGUAAUACUGCACAAAAUUAA